CGGCCGCCGGUCAGUCGCUCAGUCGCGUUUCGGCGUGUGCGUUGCUCUCUCUCUACUGAGACUACUGUAAAUACAACUUCAGCAGUCUAGAGUGCGCGAGACACUUUGUUUUACGUUUCUCUCUCACCCCCUUUGCAAAGAGGGACGCUACGCGGAUCUUAACGGCGUUGUCGAUGCAGAGAGUUUUCUGUGCGAACAACAAGUGCCGCAUGAGAGCAGCAGCGAGGGAUAAGAAUAUUAUUUCAAGGCAGUGAAAGUGCAGAAGUUCGUCUUCGAAGCCGUUGCACCGGCGCUAGAUCGACACGACGCUCAGAUCCAGCAGCAGCAAAAGCAGCAGUACUGCGCACACGUAGAGGAAAAGAAAGCCGAGGCAAGAUGAGCCAGACGGAUCAGACGAAGCAGGAGCAGAAGCCCCAAGAGCAAGAGCAGCAAGAUAAGAGCCUGGAUAAGAAGGAGAUCGCCGAGGAGGAGAGGGAGAAGAUGCUGAACGCGGAGAACACGAAGCACACGGGCGCCGCGCCGCAGGCCGAGCUCGAGGCCGAGGAGCAGAAGCCCAAGAGGAAAAUACCGAUCGGCGGCAUCAAGAUGCCCGGUUUUUGCCGAUCCAAGAGCAAGGAGCCCUGCAAGGAGGAGGAUACGAAGCCAAUAGAGACCGGCGACGCAGAGACUAAGGAGUCGGGAGACGCAGCGGCGAACGAUAAGGCCGCUGCCGCCGGUGGUGGCACCCCCACGAAGGAGGCCAAAGAGGGACGCAAGGGUAUCCUCGACGCCAUCCGUCUCCCAUUGUCCUCCGUCUUUUCGAGGAAGAAGAAGGAGAGCGACGCUGAGCUGGGACCGACCGGCGCUGGUCUGGCCAGUUCCGAGACUCUGGACGACGCCGCACAGGAGAAGAAUAAUGCUGCGGCCGCUGUAGGCGAGGACGGCAUGGAGACCGUGCGACUAGACGCGGAAGCCGCGGACGGCCCGCCGACCAAGCCGCAUCCGUUUAUCCUCUGCCUUUCGGCUGCCAGGAGAAACCUGAUCGUCACCGGGGUGACGCUGCUCUUCCUUCUCACCCUGAUCAUCAUCAUCUGCGUGGCCUGCGUUGGACCCCGGCGCGUCGUACCCCAGCCGAUCAAGGACGGCAAGGUCCAGACGCAGACUUCCUGCGGUCUGGUCGAGGGCCUGGUCGAGGAGGAUGCCUACGUCUUCCGCGGUAUACCGUACGCCGUGCCACCCGUAAACGAGAGACGCUGGCAGCCGUCGGAGCAGCUCCGCAAGAUCGAGCACUGCUGGAACGGCACCUACCACGCGCACAACGGCUCCCAGGUGUGUUUGCAGCGCAACCCCUUGAACCCCUCGCAAUCCUUCAAUGGCAGCGAGGACUGUCUCUACCUGGACGUCUACACGCCGCAAGUGAUGUACGAGCGACCUCUACCCGUCGUCGUGCUCAUCGGCGCUGACACCCUCAGUGGACCCUCGCCCGGCAUCAUGAUCCCCAGUGGCAAGCUCGCUCGCGUCCGUGAGGUGGUCUACGUCAGGCCGAACUUCAGGCUGGAUGUCUUUGGAUUCCUUGCCGUUGAGCCGCUGUCCCGCGCCUCUCACCCCAUGACCUCCGGCAACUAUGGUCUUUCCGACCUCAUCACCGCUCUCCAGUGGGUGCAGCUGAACAUCGAACACUUCGGAGGAGACAAAAACUUGGUGACCAUCUGGGGACACCGCGCCGGAGGUACCCUUGUCACCUCGCUCCUGGGAGCUCGCAAGGCCAACGGACUGUUCGCUCGCGCCUGGGUCUCCAGCAGCAGCGGCAUGUACCCCUUCGAAGAUCGUCACGAUUCCGAGAAGAAGAACGAGGUCUUCCUCAAAAACAUCAACUGCAACGAUGCCGCUUGUCUCAAGUCCAAGAAUGCCGAUGACAUCAUGAAGGCUGUACCUUCCUCCUGGUACACUCCCAACGAUGCAGGCUUACCCGAUGUCAAGGAGACCGACAUCAAGAAACACUCGUGGCUCGUCAAGGACGACAUCAUCGUUCAACAGAACCCCCACACUAUCUUCGCGCAGAACAAGCUGCCGGUCAAAGUGAUGAUGGGCACAACUGCACAGUCCGGACAUUUGCCAAGCAUCUUCUCUUACAACAAAACCGAAGACCCGCAACAGAUCAGGAAGGUCAUUAGCGAUUCGGUUAUCGGAAGCAACAAGGAGCUCGUUGACAAAGCUUUAGCCUACUACAACACUACUGUCAAAGGACUGCACACCAUGAUCUCGGACAUUCGCGUAGUUUGCCCACUGCAAAUUUUGGCCAAUUCAAACGCCGACGUUUACUUCUACGUCUCGACGUUCCCACGCAACGUUGUUGCCGACGUUGACAGUGAUGCCGCUGCCAUUCUCGGCUUCUUCCGAGCCAAGACGCCCGAGCAGAAGAGGCACUUGCAAGCGAUCCAGCAGCUCUUUAACCACUUCGUCUGGCACGGAGAGGUCAAGGAAGAGGUCCGUGGUAGUAACAGAUUCUUCAUCAUCGACCAGGAUGUUCUCCCAGCGACCAACUACGACCAUUGCGACCAAUGGAUCAGUGCAAAUCUCGUCCCACAAAAUGGAAGGGUGGAUUAAGCGUCAUUUCGUUAAUUCUUUGUGUGAAGAAAUAAGCAUCUUGUCGAGUCAGAUAAAUAGAGAAAGCGACGACCAACUUCGAAAUCGUCGUCUUCGAAAACGUUGAGAGAUUCGCAGAUUUACAUUUAAUCUGACAUUUUUUUAUCAUUCUUUGACGAUUUAGGAGUUCGUUAGCAAAUCAGUGCACUUCGACGUUACUUGCGACUGAUUUGAUGAUGGCUUCCUGAGAUGGCAGUUUUAAUUAUUUACUUAAGCAAUUGAAUAGCAAAACUCUAGAGACUCAACGACGACAAUUCCGUUGCGAAUGCCAUACAACAUCACAUUGAUCUAGGGAUAAGUCAACUUUAAGAUCACUUCUGAAUAUUUUUCUUGAAAGUAAUAAGCUUCGGUUUAACAUCGUCAUCUUUGUGAAUAAUAUAACGUAAAUGUGAGAUUAUAUUGCGAUGAUUCAUUCAAUCGUCAUGAUGCAGAAAAAAAAUUGUUAAGACUAGAAGUUAGCUUACUUCUUGAAUCUGAAACAUAUAUAAACGUAAAUCUGUGUGUACAGAUUGCACUUGUAUGCGACAUAGAAAAAGUAUGCGGUUCGAAAGGCAUAAUUAUUAUAAUAUGUAUGUGUAUAAAUGUGAAUCAAAUUGUAAUAUAUUGCGAGGAAAAAUAGUAGGUGUGAUUCAUAGCGCGCCUAUACGUGUACAUUUGUAUGUAUAUAAUUUACAUAUGGAUUUACACGUAUAUGGCUGUGUUGAAGCAAAGAAAGCUGAAGUGGCAAAGAGAAGCUAAGAAAGUGAAAAAAAAAAUUAAACCAAGCUUAGCUUAGGAACCGAGAAAAUGAGAAUGACACUGCAUAUAAAUAUAUAUUCUUAUAAGGUGUGAGCAUUUCAGUUGCGAUUAAACAAUUUUGAGAGUAUCGUUGAUUCAGUAAAGGGCGUAUAGAGCGAACUCUCGUUGCUGUUUACAUGUCGCACGUGCUCGUUUUAACCGUAAGCUAGUUUUUAAAUUUAUGAGAAUGUAAUUCGUUAGUGUUUUCAAAGUUGUCACGCUUUAGCACAUAUAAUGAAAGACAAAAUGACUCAUUUGAUCAAAGCACUUUUAUAGAAAUAUCUCAAACGAAUUGCAUAUUCAUAAAUGUAAUUUUUCGUUGGAUCGCCUCUGCGGAAGAGACUUUUUAAGCAUUUUUACUAAAAAUUCAAGCGUAAAGUUUUUUGUAUUCUUUAAUUGUAAGCCAUUUUUUAUAAAUACGUAAAUCCAUCCUGUAGAAAAACGAGGAAAUUAAUAGACUGACAAUACUCUUACCCGACCAGUAUUUCGACUGUAUGGCGAUGAGACUUUGAAACGCAUAUAAAACUAAUCAAUACUCCUGACUACUGCCUUUAGAACGUGCAGUUUAUGAAAUUGACUGCCAAUUGUAACAACUACUAAUACUCAAAAAUAGUAUUUGAAGUAUAUCAGAUUAAUCUAAACACACGAGGUCCACCUCGAAUAUUUUUAACAAAUUCUAACAUCGUAAGUUAACUGAUAACUAUUCAAAGCGUACAAUGCUAUUUUGAAAGUAUAGAACAAAAUUUCUGUACCAUGUCGCCUUUCAUCCGCAGCUGUGAUCCGACUCGUCGACGCAUACUCGAUUAUCACACAGACGUAAUUCCUACACAAUACGAAGACUUAUUGACAACCAUGAAUUAUUAACAGUUAUUUCAUACUAUUGAUAUUACAACUAAUAUCAUUACAAUUACAAUCAUUAUCAUUAAUUAUAUUUUAUCAUCAUGAUCGCUUCGUACAUCGCUGAUUAAAUUUAAUUUAUUACUUUCACAACAAUGUGAUAAAUUAGUAUUUAUGACGGGAAACUGUCUUUUAUAGACUAACUGCUACAUGUAUCGACGUAAGAGUAAUAAGUGUAUAGCGAAAUGUCUUGCCUCUAUUCUUUAACGCCUCAUCCGAUUCACGAUUGCAAAGUUUUUUUAAAUAUGCGUUUUUAAUAAUAAUGAUGAUUCCAGUGACUUGUCGAUCUUACACGUGCACUGUUAACGUGUAUGUUUACAAUUGCUUUUUGGUAUCGAUAUAAAAGUAUAAAUGUGGAGAUGCGUAUUAUAAAAAUAAAAUACGAAAUGUUAAAAAAAAACUUUCCCGGCACUAGCAAGGACCACGCGUUUUAUUUUAUGUAGUACUACACUACUAAAUAUAAAUGAAUUUUUAAAUAAUUAUUAAAUUUAAAUAAUAUACAUACGUCGCGCCGAUAAGUGAUUUAUUGUAUUUAAUAUACUGUCAAUAAAGUAAUGUAGCCUCAUAAA